UACCAUAUUCUGGUAGUUCUUGCCAUAUUUUUUUCAGUGCAUUGUGACAUUUUUCUAAACGUAUAAUAAUUGAAGUGUGUUAGAAGAAAAACUGUAAAUAAGGAAAGGACAUGGUUUGAUUUGUCUUAAAAUGGUCAUAAAUAUGUUUUGACAACAAUCCUAUUAAACUAUAAACCACUAACUUCUUUCUACUAACUUGGAGAAAUUAUCUGGCGUUCAAGCGUUUGCGUAAAGGUUAUAUAGCGUUACUUUUCAAAAAUAACACAGAGUCCUUAUGAACUUACUUAAUGCUUCUUACAGAUCAAUAUUUCAUAUUAAUUUUUCUGAAACGUGAAUUUGCAGAAUUUGUUUCCUGAAACUUCUUUCACACUGUGCAAAAAUUGAUCAAAUUCAUUUAAAUAAUGAAUUAUUUAAAAUUUCAGAACGAGGAAAAAGCUGACAACGGGCCGAUUAAAUGUAAUAUAAGAAAUAUGAAAGAAGAAGAGAUACCUCAAGUUAUGGAUAUUUAUAAAGAAGCUGGGUGGCAUACAGGACAUGAUAGCGUCAAAAAAUGGUGUAAACUAGACUCAAAUGGAUUUAAAGUAGCAGUAACAGAUGAUGGAGAAGUGAUAGGCGUUUGUGGUGCUGUACGACUUUAUGACGAUCUACAUUAUUUUGGAUUUUACGUUGUCAGGAAAAUUUACAGAGGCAAAGACAUCGGAUUGAAAAUCUGGAAUGCAUGCAAAGAGCACAUUGGAAACAGAAAUGUUGGUGCGAAUUCCGUUAAGGAGAAAAUAAGUUUAUAUCAGACAAAAGAAAAAUUUUUGGUCCAAGAAGAAAAACUUCUUAUUCAGGAGAACGAUACUCUGGAAGACAUAAUCACCCCUGAUAAAUUAAUUGAUGCAGUUCCUGAAGAUAUCAUACUUGAAACUUACAAAGAAGCUCAUCUACCCUCUAUGUAUCAAUACGACUUUAAAGUAUGUGGUUUUAAUCGAGAGUUGCUAUUGAAACUAAACUGCGAAGAGAAAGAAACCAAGACUAUUGUGGCACUUAAAAAUGAAGAAUGUGUUGGGUUUGGUACAAUAAAACGAGGUUGUCAGGGCAUUCCAUUAGUUAGUCCAUUAUAUGCUGAUGACCCAAAUGUUGCUGAGGCAAUGUUAAAACAGUUAAUGUUGUCCUAUCCCAUGAAGAAAGGAUUUUAUAUGGCAACUUUGUUUCACAACAAGGAGGCCAACGACAUGAUUAAAAAGAUAGGUUGCCCAGCAACUAAUAAACUGACAAGCCUCUACAAAAGAAAAGUAUCCGUUACUUUUUCACCACAAAAAGUAUAUGGAGUAUUUGAUAUCGAUUUAUCUCCUUUGUAACCUUUAUCAAAGUGACAUAAAUAAUAAAGAUCUUUCUAGAUUCUGA